AUGGUAUCAAUACUUGUCGAUCUCGCAAGGUCAAAUGCGAUGAACGACAGCCCAUCUGUCAGCGAUGCUCUAUCGCCGGCCGCUACUGCGAGCGAACCGCACGCCCAACUCGUCAGCCUCUCCCCGAAAGGAGAGACCGUGGGCAUGGAGACGCACCCGAAAUGGCCAUCGCCGGACAAUCCUCGCAAGGCGCUCGCGUCGCCAGACAUCGCCCGUAUUUUCCACCAUUACAUCAUCGAGAUAGCCCCGUGGUAUGACCUCAGCGAUCCGGCAUCCAGCUUUGCUACGAGGCUCCCUCGGCUCGCGUUGGAGAUGCCCCUGCCGUUCAGCGCCAUCAUCGCCCAGGCGGCCAUGCAGAUCUGCCAGACCACGGCGCCGAGCAAACGACCAGUUGCUGAAUUCUACCACGGCCAUUGCGUUCGGCUCCUCAUCGAGCUACGUAACGACUGCGGCUCGGUCGAGUCCGAAACUGCCCUGGCCGCUGUGUGUCUCCUGCGGUCGUACGAGAUUCUCGACGAGGAGGUCGAUCCAAAUAGACACCUGCACGGGGCCUACUCGCUAGCCUCACGCCAAAAGCUGCUGCUGGAUAACGGCUUCCGCACGCUGUCGAGUGCGGGGUUCUGGAACUAUCUUCGCGAGGACAUUACCUACAGCUUGUUCGAGGAGCAGCCCCUGAAGAUGGAUCUCGAGAACAUUCCCGUGCCGACGCAGCAUCUGGAGGAUCAUGACCAUCUCAACGCCAUAUCUCUCGUCCUCGGCCGCAUCCUCAACGCUCACUUCAACGAUGGCUCUCCCGGCCGAGAUCAGCCUGUGUCUGUCUCCGCCAUGUUGCACAUGCUGCGAUCCUGGCAAAAGGCCCUGCCGCGUCAUUUUGAGCCGCUGUCUGCUGCACGACAAUACUUCCUGGUAUCCAUCAUGGUGCUCUGCAUGAUCAUGCCACUCGAAACGUUGACCGAGAUCUUGCAACUGGUUGAGCUUGACCUUCCCUCCAGUCCGUCUCGAGAAGACAUUUUGGAAACCUGCGCUCUCGAGAAGCGUCUCGGCAGGAACUCCUGCGGUGUCUGGCUCCUUGCAAGAAGACCGUCGGGUGGCCUGUUCAACGACUGA